UUCAGAUCAGACUCCGACCCCAACGAGAUUCCUGAAGAACUGUGAGGAAGUGGGGCUCUUCAAUGAGCUGGACUGCUCCCUCGAGCAUGAGUUCAGGAAGGCUCAGGAGGAGGAGAGCAGCAAGCGGAAUAUCUCGAUGCAUAACACAGUUGGUGGGGCCAUGGCAGGGCCCGGAGCUCACCAGCUUGGCAGCACCCGGAUGCCCAACCAUGACACCAGUGUUGUGAUUCAGCAAGCCAUGCCGUCACCCCAGUCCAGCUCUGUCAUCACCCAGGCACCUUCUACCAACCGCCAGAUCGGGCCUGUCCCAGGCUCUCUAUCUUCUCUGCUACAUCUCCACAACAGACAGAGACAGCCCAUGCCAGCCUCCAUGCCUGGGACCCUGCCCAACCCGACGAUGCCGGGAUCUUCUGCCGUCUUGAUGCCA